AUGAACUCAUCACAGCUGCCGCUACACCACCUGCAGCCCCAAGCACUGCAACUGCACCAGAUUCCUCCGGGCCUACAGCCCCUUGAAGAGCUCUCACCCCAGGCCAACGACGCCUUCUUCCAGCACCGAUAUGCUCAACAGCUACAAGCGCAUACAGCCAACCCGCACGCGCUACACUUCCAGAGCCAUGGCUUACAACAGCCGGCCCAGCCCCCAUUCGAGAGCUUCCCAGGCGGUUACGCGAGGUUCGAGAUAAAUGCGCCGAAUCCUGCUCCACCAGCGCCACAUCACCACAUCCAAGCCCCGCCCCCACCGCAGAGAGCUCAAGUUGCUACUCACAUACAACCGCCGCAACUACAGGAGCUGGAGCAUAGGGGCUCCUUUGUACAAACUCAGGAGCAGUCUGUUGUGCAGGAACAAAUACCGGAAGGUGAUGAGGCGCCUAUACAAAAUCACGGCCAGAUCGAGGGCCUACGCUUGAUCCCCAAUCCGCCAGACCUCGAUGCGUGGAGGGAGAAGCUGUUUCAUGUGGACGACACCAUCACAUUGACGGAGGAGGAGUUCCAGACCUACUUUCCGCACGUCGACAACGUCUAUUCACAUCGCUCCACCCAACGACACAAGCGCAAACGCUUCGUCUCCCACUACUGGGACUGUAGACUCAAAGGGCGACCGCCAGGCACCAAGAAGUCGACCGACCCAGACAAGAAGAAGCGAAAGCGUGUGGCUCGCGAGCGCGAUCUCUGCGAUGUCAAGAUCAAGAUCACCGAGUAUUUCGACGGCGCUGAGCUUACGGAGCAGACGGGUCUACAACCACCUAUUGAUUCGUUCGAAGCUUCCGGCAGUGGAGGUCAAUUCUUUGGCCAGAAUAAUAGCGGCAUGCAGUGGCCAGUCACGCCCACCAUGAACAUGCGACAAGCGUCCCAUGCAAACGGACAGCCCAAGAAAUUUUACACCCUGCAACGAGUGAACGGAAAUGGCGGUAACGGAAAGGGGGACGGCGUUGCAGGUCCGCACAAGCACACGCUCGAAGAGAGCGACCGGGUGAAGAAGAACAGCGUGCAGAGGUGGCUGAUGAAGAACGAGCGAGAAAAGAAGAAAGCGCAGGCUGGUGAUCCCGCGAAGAAGACAUACCACAAGAAAGCGACCGGCAAUGCCCUUGUCACUGUCAAGAACCACUCCAAAGAAGAUGACCUCAAGCUAUUCGGCAGCUGCUUCUGUCCCUUCGUCCAACGCGUCUGGAUCUCCCUCGAGCACAAGAAGAUGCCCUACCAAUACAUCGAAGUAGAUCCCUACAAGAAGCCGCAGUCCCUUCUAGAUAUCAACCCCCGCGGCCUCGUCCCCGCCAUCCGCCACGGCCCAACAUGGUCCACCCACGAAUCCACUGUCAUAAUGGAGUACCUCGAAGACCUGCAGACUGGCCCCGCCAUUCUCCCUCCCAACCCACAGACACGCGCAACGUGCCGCCUCUGGACGGACCAUGUAAACCGCCACAUCGUGCCGGGCUUCUACCGCCUUAUCCAGGCGCAGGAUCCGCAGGACCAGGUCAAGCACGCGACGGAGCUGCGCGAGGACAUCGGGAAACUCGUUGACGCUGCGGAUCCCACAGGGCCGUUUUUCCUAGGGCAGGACUUCGGCUUUGUGGACGUACAGAUUGCGCCGUGGGUGGUGCGGUUGAAGAAGGUGCUUGGGCCGUAUAGGGGUUGGCCUGAGCCCGAGGAGGGAAGUAGAUGGAAGGCGUGGGUGGAUGCUAUUGAGGGGGAGGCGAGCGUGAGGGCGACGACGAGCGAUGACCAGCUAUAUCUGGAUAGCUAUGAGCGGUAUGCGGAGAAUAGGCCGGGGACGAGCCAGGUGGCUAAUGCGGUGAACUCGGGGAGGGGGUUGCCGUAG